UUGCGAUGAUAUGUAUCACUCAUAUAGGCUGGGUUGUGUGUUCCUGUGAACAGACUGCAGUCCUGGACUCCACUGAGACCACGCUGAGGUCGAGAUGCUCAACAUGGGGGCUGUGCUGCUGUUACUAAUCGGUGUGGCUGAUGGUGUGACGACCUUCUGCGACGCCACACAGCCAGACAUCACGACCCCGUGCUUUGGCUCUCUGGGAGGAACUGUGAAGGUCCAGAUGCCUACUCAGACCUCACAAGAUGAUACCUUCAGACUGAAGAAGAACAAUGUCACGAUUUUAUCAGAAUGCAACAUUCGAUGUUCAUUUAAUGUCAGUACUGGAAUAUUUACUAUAAAGGACAUCGACAGGACAGACAAUGGUACAUACUCAAUGGAAGUACAUAACACAACUGGAAUGCAAGUAGCAUUUACAAAAUGUUAUUUAACUAUUGAAGCCCCGGUCUCCUCUCCCCUCCUGUCCCGGGAGUGUCUGUCCCGGGGACAGCAGAGGGUGUCCUGCUCUGCCGGGGGGGGGGGACUCCACUACAGCUGGAGUCUAGACGGACUCCCGCUGAACGACCCGCGUCUCCCCUCCGGACCCGGUAGCGCUAGUGACGUCACUCUGGAGCCGGGCCGGUCGGGACUGCUCACCUGCUCGGUCCGCAACAUCGUGAGCCACGCCGCGGCUAACAUCCCCUUGUCUGUGUGUGUCGGGCUCAUCCCGUUCAUCGUUCGUCCUCUGACGGUGGUGCUGCUGCUCCUAGCAGCAUUGGGAGUCUACUGGGCACUAAAGAAGAAGAAAACCUCCAGCCCUCGAGACAUCGCGCUGUCCUCCAUGGCGGUAGAUGAUGAUGUGCCGUACGUUAACGUCUCCGGGGCGACCGGGAGGUCAGGGGGAGGGGGAGGUGGAGUACGGGGCGGUCAGGGUGGCUCCAGGCCCCAGGCGGACGCGGGAGACCAAUGUGGGCGAGCUAGUGCGCGCUCAGCCCCGGAGGACGAGGCCCUGAGAGCUGUCACCACCCAGAAGGACGCGUAGACAGCGCUUUAGCCAGAGAGCCAUCAGCCCACUGACAUUAGACCUGCCAGGGACACUUCUCUCUCUGCAUCUCAAAGGCCACUUCGUUUGAAAAUGUGAAUGUUUAUUCGGCCGUGGUUAUGUUCAUAUUUAUGUUCAUAAAGCCGUUUACAUGUAGUUUAAACCGUGUAGUAGUCAAAUCUCAACUCUUAUUUUUAUUAUUAAUAGUAUCUAUUUUUUCCUCUGUUGUUGUCCAAGGUGGCUUCCUGGGUCAAGGAUAGAAACCGAUCCAAUCAAAUAAUUGUGAUAGCUUGAUCUCUGAAAGCAGUAUUUUGCAUGUGUAACUCUUAACAUAUAACUACUAUUUUUUUUAUACUAUACUGAAUGUGUAACUUUAUUUCAUUAUUUUUUACACUAUUAUGUAUGUGUAACUGGCUUGGAUGCAUGUCUGUAUGAAAUAUACUAUUUUUUUAAA